UCCCCUUAUUUUUUACCCUUUUUCCAACUUCCAACAGCAAACAACAGAAAGUUCCAGAAUACCCAAAACCCCAACCAUCAAUGGCGGAAACCGAUUCAACUAUAACCCAAGAAACCCUUUCUGGCGAAACCCAAAACAAACCAGCGAACAACAUUUCCUUCAGCAUUUGGCCACCAACUGAACGCACUCGUGACGCCGUUAUUAACCGUCUAAUCGAGUCUCUCUCAACACCUUCCGUUCUCUCAAAACGUUACGGAACUCUCCCACAUGAGGAGGCUUCGGUUACUGCAAAGCUGAUUGAGGAGGAAGCUUUCAAUGCUGCUGGAUCCACGGCUAACGGUGACGGUGACGGCAUUGAGAUACUUGAGGUUUACUCAAAGGAGAUUAGUAAACGGAUGAUUGACACCGUUAAGUCCAGAUCUGUUGAUGCUUCGGAACCCUCAUCUACUUCUGGUCUCACCGAACAAGUCUCAUCUGCUGAAACCGAGUCUUAAGAAAGGGUACUGAGGUUUGGUUUAUUAAAUAUCUAGGGUUCCGCUAAUUCAACUACUUACAAGCUUUAUGCUGUGUAUGGAUUGUUAAGGUGGAUAAAUGUAAUGUUGAAAUUGCUGUCUAAAAGUGGUUGAUGGAUGAAAUUGGGAUUUUGGUAUUACUUUGUUUAAAUAUCCUUUUAGAUGGAACUGGUUGUUAUUGUGUA